UCCACUCUACAAGGGCCACGUGGCAGAAAGGGCUACUGGGCUUGACCCACAUGAAAACAGCACUUCACAUCAGGUUUGCCUGAAAAGGAAGAAGUCAGAGAGUGAAAUACCUGCUGUGUUAGCUGGUGUACAUGUAAACUGUGACAUGGAUGCAGGAUAAAAAAUAAAAAAAAAUGGAGAACAUGUUCCACACAGCUUACUAUGUAGUGAAGAAAGAGAAGCCAUUUACUGACUUUCCUGACCUGGUGCAGCUCAACAGCAGGACUGGCUCAAACAUGCCAAACUGCUACAAGUCAGACAAGGUGAGAACUACAACUAAAUUCCUAACUUGAUUAUGUUUUUCAAUUUCUUCAUUAUUACUAAAUGCACUUGUUUCCCUCCAGAUUUACAAUUGACAUCUACAACAUGGAGAGGGAGCAACUCCUGACUGACAUAAAGAAUGCCCACUACAUCAGCAUCAUGAUUGGUGGGGCAACUGAUAGUGGGAUCCUAGAGAAUGAGAUAGUGUAUGUUAAAUUCUUCAGUAAGGAGAGGGGAGUGGUCCAGUCCUUCCUUGGCAUCGAGGAUGUCAAGCAUGCACAUGCAGCUGGUGUGCUUUCUGCGGGACAGUCGGUGUUUGAGAAAGCAGGCCUGGAAAAGUGGAAGGAGAAGGUGGUCUUCUUUUGUGCUGAUGGUGCAGCUGUCAAUAUGGGGGAGAAGACCGGUGUGGCUGCAAAUCUCAAGGAAGAGAUUGGACACCUGCUUUCCAUCCACUGUGUGGCACACAGGCUGGAGCUGGGGAUGGUAGACACCAUUAAAGCACAGCCAGGGAUUAAAAAGCUGCAGGAGGUACUGCAUUAUUUGUAAAUGCAGUACCAUUACUACCCCAAGGCACUCAGAGAACUGAGGGUGCUGACAGAUGCACUGGAAGACAAGGUCCUCAAG